UAUUGUUAUUCUGAUGAUAAACAUAUUUGUUGUCCUUUUUUUUUUUUUUUAUUUUUUGAUAGCACAGACGACGCGAAAGGGGCAGAUCCCGUUUAUCAUUGUCAAUUUGUGAUUUCGCUGUCAUAUAAUUUUCUUGCCUGUUGAUUUACAAUCAAAUAAGAGCAACGAAAAAAAAAAUGGCUGAUAAUAAAGAACCACCACCAUUAUUUGACAACGUUGAUAUUGAUAAAAACGAAGAAAUGCUAGAUGACGAUGACGAAGAUAUAUUUGCAUCUGCAAUUAUGGAACAAAAUCCUUUGAGUAAUUCGUACAAUGGAGUAUCAAGUGUACAAGCUGAGCUACCAAAAUUAUCACUUCAUGAUGUACCAGAGAGCAAUUCAUACUCAACACUUACCAGUCCAGUUGCAUCAUCAGAGCCAAUUAAUUCACCUCUUGGUAAUCUGACAAAUGAUAAUACUGAUUUACAAGAAGUACCAAUUAACAAUGAUGAUAAAUCAAUUUCAAAUAUCAAAGAAUCUGAUUCACUUGAAGAGGUACCAACUGAAACAACAGAUAUCCUAUUAAAAAUAACAGUUACUGAACCACAAAAAAUGGGUGAUGGCAUGGGUGCAUACAUGGCUUAUACUGUCAAAACUAAAACGAACAUGCCAAUAUUUAAAAAACGAGUAUUCAGUGUUUCAAGACGUUUCAGUGAUUUUCUUGGUCUACAUGAUAAACUUGUAGAAAAAUAUUUGAGAAGUGGAAGGAUAAUACCACCAGCACCAGAAAAAAGUGUUAUUGGAAUGACUAAAAUUAAAAUGUCUGGUGAUAAAAAUCAGGAACAAAAUUCAAGUUCAACAGAAUUUGUUGAAAGACGUAGAGCUGCAUUGGAAAGAUAUCUUAAUAGAACAGCAUUACAUCCAGUUUUAGGUGUUGAUCCUGAUUUUCGUGAAUUUUUAGAAGCUGAAAUGGAUUUACCAAGAGCAUCAAGGACAUCAGCAUUGAGUGGUGCUGGUAUGAUGCGACUAUUCAAUAAAGUUGGUGAAACAGUCAACAAAAUAACAUAUAAAAUGGAUGAAAGUGAUUCGUGGUUUGAAGAAAAAACAUUACAAAUUGAUUCUUUGGAUACACAAUUACGUUCUUUACAUGGUGCUGUGGAAGCAUUGACAUAUCAACGUCGUGAAUUGGCAAAUUGUACUGGCGCAACAGCAAAAUCAAUUGCUGUACUUGGUCAUGGUGAAGUUGGUGUAUCACUUGGUCGUGCAUUGGCACAACUUGCUGAGACACUUGAAAAAGUUGAAGUUGUUAAUCGUGCACAGAGUAAUUGUGAUCUUUAUCAAUUUGGUGAAAUGUUGAGAGAUUAUGUAUCUCUUAUUGCUGCAAUUAAAGAUGUUUUCCAUGAACGUGUUAAAGUUUAUCAAAUUUGGCAACAUGCACAAAUGAUGUUAAAUAAAAAACGUGAACUACGUGCACGUAUGGAACAAGCUGGACGUGGUGAUAAAACAUCACAAGCAGCAAUUGAAGUUAUUGAAUGGGAAUCAAAAGUUGAACGUGGACAAGAAGAAUUUGAUAAUAUAUCACAAAUGAUUAAAAAAGAAAUUGAAAGAUUUGAAGUAUUGAGAGUUGAUGAUUUUAAAAAGCAAUUAAUUGAAUAUCUUGAAACAAUGUUACAGCAUCAAAAUCAAUUGGUUAAACAUUGGGAAAGUUUUUUGCCUGAAGCUCGUGCUGUUGCUUAAAUUAAUUCAUAAUAAAUAUAUCAAUUUAUAAAAGAAGAAAAAACAAAUUAUAAAUACAAAGAACUAUAUUUUUUUUUUCUUUUAUUUUUCUCAACAAUAAAAGAGAAGAAAAAAAAAUGAAUAAAUAAACUUCCAAGCAUUGUUGUUAUAAUACAUGCGUCAUAUUAUUGAUCAUAAAAAUUACAAGAAUUCAAAACAUUCUAAUAUUUAAUAAUAAUAAAAUAAUUUUAAGAAUAAAAGAAAAAAAAG